AUGAAACUGUUGGUAGCCAUUACUGUGUGCCUAGCACUCACUUGUACUACCCAGGGAUCCUUUAUGGACGAUCUAAAACUGUCCUUCUCUCACAUCGGUGACGCCUUUACGCAAACUUUCCAUCAAAUGGGCCAGCAGGCCACGGAUGUUGGCAAUCAACUGCUGAACCAGGCUGCAGAACAGGGCAAGCAAUUACUAGGCCAGACAGCUCACAGUUUGCUAGUUGGUACAAUAAACGCAUUCACAGGAACAUCAGCACCGCCAGCAGCCACAAAGCGCGACCUGAGUGCAGUAACACAGCAACUUCAGCCAUAUUUAAACCUCGCACAGCAAACUAUUGACGCAAAAAGCAGCCAGCUUCAGGGUUUAUUCCAGAGUGCCUUGGGCAGAUUGGAGGAAAUUUCUCACCAAAUCCCCGAUUUGUCGCCAGCAGAAAUUUCAGCUAAGGUUGACAGUGUUGUCUCAUCACAUGGUAUGUUAGCUGGCCACUUUCUCCAUGAUCUUCAAUCUGUUUUGGCUACCCACCAGAAGAGAAAUGCGCUCUCUGAUACCUUGUCUACAGUUGGAAACAACAUUGUGUCACUGUUCGCGUCCCAUGUCCAUGCUGUGAACAACAUUCUAGACAAUGCAGGGUCCCUCAUUAAACAGCAAUCACAGUCCGUUGCUCAGUCCAUGGCAGAAACGUUGUCAACGCUAGGAGGAAAACUGGGUCAACAACUAUCUCAUAUGGGCACUUCCGGUGACGUCAUCAUCAACCAAGGCACCAAUGCUCUCAACACGCUGAAAGGCGUGGCGUCAGCUCUUACCCACCAAGCAAUGUCCAAUGUUCAUCCCGAUGUACUCAACUAA